UACCUUGAGCACUUAAGGCAAGCACCUAAGCCAGGCAGGUGCUCAUGACGCUGAGGUGCGCACCUACCCUAUUUAUGGCGCGGGGCUUACAAUGUCAUCUUCCCAUUGUCGAUGCAACACCCGACCAAGAGGGUUGAAGUUAAGAUCCACCGACAUCGAUUCCAGCCCAAAUACUGGGGACAUGAACGAAGUUGUCUGCCAUCACUGCAGGUAGUCAGGAAUCCAACGUUCAUUGCACUUAACCUCCCUCGCAUUUCUAUCGGUCCGUCCGGUCAACGAUGGGAUUGCCCCUCAGGAUGGAUAACAUACACGCUCCAACCGUGCCCUCGGGCCCAGCAAGCAACACGCCGAUGAACGGUAACCUUGGUCGCCUUUCCUUUGCCGAGCUGCAGAGGAAGAAGGACAACAUGGAGGCCGAAUUGAAAGCUCUGGGUGCAGUUCUCGACUCUCACGGUGUUGACAUGAAUACACCUCUCACAACUCAAGAUGGCUUUCCGAGAGCCGACCUUGAUAUUGCUCAAGUGCGCACUACCAGAGCCCGCAUCAUCCACCUCCGCAAUGACUAUAAGAACCUCAUGGCCAUGGUUGAAAAACAACUCCAUGAGCACUUUGCCAGCUCGCAAGAAGAGGAGGUACCCGACGUCCCGCUCUCCGGGGUUUCCAACACGUUGGCAGAUCAUUCAGGAUCUCAACCGCUGGAGGAACCAUUCGCAAAGGUCAACAGUGUGGUUCCAGGAAGCCCAGCCGAGUCAGCUGGCCUGAAGCCGAAUGACCAAAUCCGCGUAUUUGGGUACGUCAACAGGUCAAACCACGACAAUCUCAAGAGGGUGGCUGAAUGUGUGCAAGGAAAUGAAGGUCUACCUGUUUUGGUCAGGGUAUCUCGACUUGGCCAAGGGGCGCGGGAGGAGCUGCACUUUACACUGACACCAAGACGUAACUGGGGUGGUAGAGGUUUGCUGGGCUGUCACAUCUUACCUUUGUGAGAGAAGAAUAGAUCGCCUCAGCCGCGGGAGACCAGAGAGGGUUUGGCAUCGCCUCAUGUACAGUAGGCAGGCAUUGUUCUUGAUGAUUUCGCCGGCAUAGAGCGCGAAGUUUCAUGCCGAAAAGCAUCAUUUCAGAUCUGGUGGUCUGCUUGCGCCAUGUAGAAUUCGAUCAGUGAGAGUCACUCAGACCUGGGGUGCUUCAGUGCCUGAGAUGAGGUAGAAGCCCAUGCCUAAAGCUUCGGUCGACCCGGUUCAGUAGCAGCUACAUCUGCUGCUCAAGCACGUCGGCUUUUUCAAGCUUUAACCAGCACUGCAGUCGUACCAGGUAACUUUAAUAUCAUAGGUCUAAAAAAUGAAAACCAUGAAAAUUACGUUGAUGUUGGGUCG